CGGAAAUACAUCCCUGCACGUGUAGCAAUUGACAACCUUGGAAAGACUACAGAACAACUAGCUGGCAGCUUAUGUCUCACAACGAACCGCUCCAGUGAUGCCAGUAACAAGACUAUUAUAUCCUCUCUACCAGUUGGGCAACCCUCAGCUGAGGAUCUUCAGACCCAACUGGUUCCUGACUCUGGUGAGGCCAGGAAAAGAGAUGCCUCCUGACACUGCCCAGUUUCGCAUCCCAAUGGUAAUGACCAAGUAUGACGUAAAAAACUACCUGGAGAAGAUCUAUAACGUCCCUGUGGGAACAGUCCGCACCAGGAUACAGUUUGGAUCCAACAAGAAGAGGAAUCACCUGAAUCAGAGGAUUAAGCAGCCAGACUACAAAGUAGCCUACGUUCAGCUGGCUCAAGGCCAGACGUUCACCUUCCCUAACAUCUUCCCGGAAAAGGACAGUGAGCCAACGGAGGGUUCCAUGGAGGAGGUGCAGGAGAAGUUCAUGGAGGACGAGAAGCAGAAGCAGAAACUCGACCCCAGGAGAGGAGGGGUCACCGAGUGGUUCGGACUCUGAGACAACCCACUGACCAGGAACUCUAUUUGCAUACAUAUAUAUAUAUCUAUAUAUGUGCAUGGGUGUUUCAUUGGGAGCAACAUGUAUUGAUUUACAAUGCAACUGUUGUGAUGUCACUUCUAUUUCUGUAAGAAACACUCGCGAGUGUGUAGUAAAGAAGAAUGAGCAUGUGUGUGGGAGACUAGAGACAUGUGUUUUGUGUGUGUGUGUGUGUGUGUGUGUGUGUGUGUGUGUGUGUGUGAGAGAGAGAGAGAGAGAGAGAGAGAGUGUGUGUGUGUGUGUGUGUGUGUUAGCGAGGCUUCAGUCCAGUAACCCGAGCCAGAACAGAAUCGCAGGAGGAGGAGAGUGGCCUGGCUCCAUGUUUCAUGAAACCAGCCCACCGUACAGAAUCUCCAUCACCUCAGAUGACCUCCUCUUCUUCUCUCUCCUACUGUUCCUGUUCCUCCUCCUCCUUUCACUCCUCCUUUUUGGGCCCACUAUCCCUGCACCUCCUCUUCUCUUUAUCCCUCUUGUUUCCUCAGGAGUUUCCUUUGCUUUCUUUGUCGUCUAUCUCCUCCAUUGUUCCCCUUUCUUCUCCUUCUCCUCUUCCUUCUCCUACACUGCUCUUCCUCUGCCACACUGGGGAGUGGUAUAGUGUGGUAUCCCUUGUAGCUCUGACUCCCAGCCAGUUGGAUCAGACUACCUGGACAACCCACAUCCUUUCCUCUUUUAUGAGUUUGCCUUGGAUUAAUUGACCACUUUAGGUAAACAACAAUUGAGAUGUUGUUUCAGCAAAGCAACGACAUGGAAUUUGUUGGAGUGUUUUAUUAUUCUGUGGUAGCACCACUUGCCAUAACUCUGAGAGAAGAUUGUACCCUGUGUUUGUGUGUGUGUUUGCCUAACAUAUGGGACUUGCCAGUGAAUCUGUCUAAUUGUAAGUGCUGUUGGAAUAAGAACUAAUAAACGGUCACUUCUCCAAAA